AAACAAUAAAGCUCUCCUCUCCUGCUCCGAGUCACACACCGACCCGUCACCCACGGCAGCGCCUCACCCUCGCACGCAACACUCGGGCUGACAGACGCCAUCAGGACGCGGCGUAGUUUGUCGUCUCUCCGUCGCUUAUCUUUGCGCAAACGGUUCACUGACGCUCCAGCCCCGGUGCACGACAUCAGCAGCAACGGCAGAGGAAGAGGAGGAGACGAAGCUUAACAGCAGAUAUUAGUGUUGUUUAUUUAGUCCCGACGACAACAGAGGGAGGAAAGCAUGUCCGCUCAGCCCGGUGAGGAGCUCACCUCGGAGGGGAAGUGGUUCGGCGACGACUACGAGAGGAACGGCCUGUUUGGAAACACGACAACGAGCCGGUUCAACGAGCCGCCGCGGGGCCGCGAGGCGGCGGCGACGGCGGCGGAAGACCUGGCUCAACAAUUCCAUCCUUUUCAGGAGGAACACGGGAAAAGGCCCGGCGUUACUAUGGAAACUGCAUCCACAGAUGACCUCAUGUCUGGCCUGUUCAGGAAGCCCAUGAACGACGAUGUUGACGUGUACACUUCCCUGCUGUCUGAUCAAAACUUCACAUCGAGCCGGGAAGUCUCGUACUUGUCAGAAGACUCGAAGCCCUUCGAGUCCUCUAUCGGCUCCUCUGCCCUGAACAACUCCAGCAACACCUACAGCUUCAGUUCCACCACCACGGUGACCUCUGACCUGGUUGACUACAUGCCAAAAUCUCUGCUGGGAUCAGAUAAGACAGAGUCGUACAACUACAUGGACAUCAGCCAUGGAGAUGAGAGCCGCGAUGAGCACCAGGCGCCUCUGCACAGUCUGUUGGAGACGACCCCUCCCGGUGGUGACCUGCUGGGAAGCUACAUGGACAAGUACCCUGGAAGAGAUGAGGAAGAUGAAGACGAAGAGGAAGAUGAGAACCUCGGUCCAGCACUGGACUCCCACUCUUUCCCAUACGUGGAGGAGCCUUCUGAUGAAGAACUGUCAGACUACCGCUCCUACCGAAACCUGGGUGGCACCCCCCAAACUGCCAGUCCAGUGAAGAUCACUUUGACGGAGUCUCAUCCUCCAGCUGAGCCCCAGCAGCCGCCGCAGCUUCCUCCUUCAGCCAGCGCGGCGGAGCGUGAAAACGUCCUGAGCGUGGGCUUGCAGGGGGUUCCCACUGUCACACUGUCGGAGCCAGAGGACGACAGCCCAGCGUCCACUCCCAAUGCUUCACCCACACAAAAAGAAUUCCCGUCCCAGGAUGUGAUGAAGACUGACGCUGCGAAGUCCUCAGCUUCCAACAGCAGUCCAGGCACCAACGCUACUAACAGGGAGCACAAUGGCAGCAGUGCAGAGUCUGGAGAUUCGGAGAUUGAGCUGGUGUCUGAGGAGCCUCCCAAAGCUGCCAGUAACCCAUUUGCCCAGCCACCUAAGGGCAAGGGUGCUUUCAACCAGCCUAACAACCCCUUUGACAACCCUCCAGUCACCAAGGGUGGUUUGGGCCUGGCUGGCAACCACGCUCCGCCCACAGCCUACAGCAUUCUACGGGAGGAGCGAGAGGCCGAGCUCGACAGUGAUCUCUUCAUUGAGUCUGCGUCAGAGGAGAGCCCGAAGAAAGAGCAGGGCUUCAGUGGCCCCAAACCGGGAGUCAGCCCUCCCUCUCCCCUGCUGACCAGCGCCGUCCCUCCCCACAGCACCGCUGACACUCUGCCAGCAGAGUCCCUGAUCACAGAAAAAGUCAAGACCCCAGCGAAGACAGACGAGGAGCGCCCCAGCAAGCCCAAGCCCCCCACUGCCACAGUGCCCCCCGAGGUGCGAGUGGAGAAGCCCCAACCUGACGAUGUGCUCAAGCACCCUGAAGUUAAAGGAGACACGGGCAUCAAACCUGCGGCACUGAUGUUUGUGGGAGGCGUCAAACAAAAAGCGAUUGACCUGCUCUACUGGAGGAAUGUGAAACAGUCGGGGGCUGUGUUCAGCAGCGUGCUUCUGCUGCUCUUCUCCCUGACCCAGUUCAGUGUGGUCAGCGUCGGAGCCUACUUAGCCCUGGCAGCCCUCUCUGCCACCAUCAGCUUCCGGAUCUACAAGUCUGUGCUGCAGGCUGUGCAGAAGACCGAUGAGGGACAUCCUUUCAAAUCCUACCUGGAGAUUGAAAUCGCUCUAUCCCAGGACCAGAUUAGCAAAUAUGCUGACAAAAUCCUGCUGUACUCAAACACCUGCAUGAAGGAACUUCGCAGGCUGUUCCUCGUGCAAGAUCUGGUCGAUUCCUUGAAGUUUGCUGUUCUGAUGUGGCUGCUGACCUACGUGGGUGCGCUGUUCAACGGCCUGACACUGCUCAUCCUAGCUGUGGUCUCCAUGUUCACCAUGCCUGUGGUCUAUGAGAAACAUCAGGCACAGAUUGAUCAGUAUGUGGGAUUAAUACGGACCCAGGUCAACUCUGUGGUGGGAAAGAUCCAGGCAAAGAUACCCGGGGCUAAGAGGAAGGAGGAGUAGAGCGGUCUGUCUCACCGUGAAGCUGACAGUCCAGUUCAGCUCAGAGUCAGGCAGCGUGCUCACUGUUGAAGGGCCUGGUUGUCACCUGUGGGGCGUAGUGCUGUGUCAUCUUGGUGUUUCUCUAAAAACGCAUCCACUGGAGAAGCCUUCACACUCUGUCUAUAGCAGUCUUAACACAAAACACACAACGUCACACAUACAAUAACCUUGUUUCUAGGUAGACAAGUACACAACUGAAAAACAAAAAAGAGUAACUCACUUUUUUUGUGUUGCUUAUUAUGGAAGUGCAUGCCGUCGAGCCUUGGGUAAAUAAUAUUUGAUAUCUUUUGUGCAGUUUUUAAAAUGAUGCUACAUCUUUGCUUUGCAGUGCGUACCGCAAAACUGUACGGUUUGGCACAAAAAAGCUAAAUGCCCACAGACAUGCUUUGCUGCCAAUGUUGAAUACUGCUUCAUGUUUCUGAGUCAGUACUUGGGGCUUCUCAGUAUAUGUCAAUAUAAAUAUCAAAAAUGAUUUUCCUUUUGGUGUUUUAAAGCAGAAAAUAAUAAUUUAACAGUAUGCGUCUUAGAUGUGGUAAUUGUAGGGUUAUUGCUUUUGUAUAACCAUAAGGAAAAAUACACACACACACUCAUGUUUUAGGUACUGUUGUAUGACUACUAUGAAGACAAGGAGUAUCUGGUGAUAUUUAGCUUGUUUGAAUUAACUGUCCAACUUUGUACUAUGUUCAAAUACCCUGUAGUUCUUUAGACCCUGGACUCUUUAACUAUUUGCACAUACACUAUGUAUUUAAUUACAGGAAUAAGAGAAAAAAAAAUAAAUGUCCCUUGAUGUAUAA